AUGGCUUCUACAAGCGUCUUCCGCGUGGUCGCGGCCGGCGUGCGCACAAGAGCAGCAGGUCUGCCGUGCACCAGUUCCGCACUACCUCGCGGUGCUGUCACCCAUAGCCUCCUAUCACACCGUACUCGUGGCUUCGCUUCAACACCCACACGCCGCGCAAACGCUCCGUCCUCACUGCCUUCCACAUCUCAAGCAGCUCCACCAUCAGCAGCAUCGCCAGCAGCCGAAGUACCCGCAGGCGCCACCGCCGCAGAAUCUGCAGCUGACCCCAACGCCAUUCAGGGCGGCUUCGAGUUCCUCCAACCAUGGGUGCCCACCAUUCACAAUCUUGCCGAUACGCUACACCUCUCUGGGCCACAUGCCCACGCCCUCUCGAUCUUUGUCCUCGCAUUCGCGGUUCGAACCGCGGUCACUCUGCCCGUCACUUUGUGGCAGAGGAGCAAGACACGCAAGCUCACCGAAAAGGUGCUGCCAGAGUGGGAGAUCAUGAAGGAGCGCAUCCCACUAGUCGUUCGCGCACGCUGCCGCAGAGCAGGCAUGUCGUACGAGCAGUUCAACGUCGAAGCCCAAAAGGAGCUUAAAGCGGAACUCGCCAAGCUGCUUCGCAAGCACAAUGCCUCUCCGCUUCCGGCGUUCAUCGGCCCGGCUACCGUCAGUAUCCCCGUCUUCCUGCUCAUGACGGCGCUCCUGCGUCAGUCGGCGCUGGAUCCAUCCACACCCUUCGCAUCCGAGGUGCUGCCGUGGUGGUCGCCCUCGCCCGAGCUCGCCGCGCAGUUCAAGGCCAGCACCGCCAUCCUCGCCGACCGCGGCUUCGACGAGGCGGCCAUCGCAAAGCUCAAGGGCACCAUGGGCGGACCCACGCUCGCCGACAAGGACGCCACCAUGCUCGGUCCCGUGUCGUUUGGCAUGCUCACCCUCGCCAACACAGAGCUCAACAGCUGGAGUAGACGCACCAUCGCCAAGAUCCGUGCGGCCACCUCCGGCAGCGAUGCAGACGCGGCUACGAAAACCGCCGAAAAGCUGCUGGCCCCUGGAUCCCAAUCCCAGCCAGCAAAGCAAGAGGAGGAGGAGCCACGAAGAGUGCGCAUCAUCACAAAUGCUCUGCGUGUGCUGGCUAUCGCUUUCAUCCCCAUCGCCUGUCAGGCUCCCGGUGUGCUGGUCGUCUACUGGCUCUCGUCCGGUAUCUAUACGCUGCUUCAGAACUCGCUGCUCGCUGUCCUAGACCGCCGCUCCGAACUCGUCAAGACCGCCCGCAAACGCCAGCUCCUCCAACAGCAACAGAGCCGAUAG